AUGUCAAACGACCGCCAGAACAUUGUCGUCGUAGGAGGCGGCCCAGUAGGAGCAGCGACCGUCAAGGCCCUCCUCGCCUCCAAAUCCUUCAACAGCGCAGCCCAGCGCAUCGUCGUCGUGACUUCCCGCCCCUUUUUCGUGCACCUCCCGGCUAUGAUUCGUGCCACCGUAACCUCUGAAGACGCACUCGAGACGACAGCCUUGAUGGAGUACGGUUCCUCUUUCGUUCCUGCAGACAAGGGCGAAGUCAAAUUCGGAAAGGUCGUCAAGAUCAUCGAGGAUGGCAAGGACGAGGGUGGGAGCGUCGUCUUGGAGGGAGGACAGAGCAUCAGAUAUAGCGUGUUGGUUUUGGCUACGGGAAACCUGUGGAAUGGACCUAUGGAUAUUCCGGACGAUAAAAAGGGUAUUCAGGGACUCUUCGACUCGUGGAGAGCCAAGUUUGAGAAGGCACAGAAUAUCGUUCUGGUUGGCGGAGGUGCUGUUGGUAUCGAGUAUGCUGGAGAGAUCAAAGACUUCUUCCCUACCAAGAAAGUCACCAUUGUCCAGGGAGAGAGCAAACUUCUCAACGACACCUAUCCUGACAAGUGGAGAGACGCCAUCCUGGCUCGUGUAAAACGAGGCGGCGUCGAUGUUAUUCUCGAUGAUCUACUCGACCAGACUGAACCUUCCUCAGAUGGCACUGUUACUACCCGAAAGGGACAAAGCAUCAAGGCAGACCUCAUCGUUCCAACAUGGGGAGGCCGACCCAACACUUCCUUCAUCAAAGAAUUCCUAGGCACCGACUCCCUCACCCCCACAGGCCACGUCAAAGUCAAACCAACCUUGCAACUUCCAGAUCACCCCCGAAUCUUCGCAGCGGGAGACAUCAUCGACUGGAAAGAACAAAAGCAGGCAGCCAAAGCACCCGCGCAUGGUGCUGUCGUCGCGUCUAACAUUCUGACAUUGCUUAACGGAACUGGCGAGUUGGUCCCUUACAAGGGCUCUACCGAAAUCAUUGUGGUCACCUUCGGCAGGGGCGGAGGAAGCGCUUACUUUGACUUCUUGUGGGGCCUCAUCUUUGGAGACUGGUUCGCUUGGUUGCUCAAGUCGAGGGGGCUUCUCAUCGAGAUGACGAGAUCGCAGUACGGUCUUGCCGCUCCUUCUUCGGCAUAG